AUGGUUACUCAUUCUUCAUUAAUUGUCUUAUCUCCUAUCAAACAAUCUGACGUACACAAUGUAGUCAGAAUUCACAGAGAAACUGAUGUUGAUAGCGAACGCUUGCUUCUUGUUGCUGGUGGACCCCACACGGGUAUCAUCAUCAACAAGCUCAAUGAUAUUCCUUAUGGAUUAGAUGCUGAUGUUGAGAUAUCCUUCUCUGUUUGGAUUAACAAUGGAACUGUUAAAAAACAAGAGAAACGACAUAUGUUCUUCAAGCUUAAUAAGGAUGUUGAUUUGAAUGAAGGAAGAGCCGUCGUUCAUGCUUUUUUCAAACAACUCAUGUCCAACUUACCUAACACUUAUGUUGACUUCAUGAAAAGAGUGCUUAAAAUGCUGCAAAGUGACUACUUAGUCAUCAACUCUCUUGACUUAGAGUAUAAGAUUUUAUCGGAUGAAGAACAAGUGGCAAUCCCUGAUGCUGCUCAAUAUGAUUCGAGUUCUGAAGCUGAAGAUGUUACCGUUGGUCAUGUUCAGGAAGUGUUAGAGCAUGCUUAUCCAAAUGGUCUCACUAUUGACAUUAUCUGUGAUUCUCUCAGAUGUACUCCCGAAGAAGCAUCCCAGUUCCUGUUGGAAUUGGAAGCCAGCGGAAUAGUAAGAAGAGUUGGUGAUGAAUGGAUUCGUGUUGAUACCCGUAAUGUUGAUGCAGUUGCCCGUGGAAACCAAUCAUCAGGAGCGGAUGGACAACCCACCGUCGCUAUCAUCACAUGCUUGUUUGUUGAAAAACAAGCCGUUGAUUCCCUAAUAGAUGAUAGUUCCGUGAUUCAUAAGUACAAAUCUGGUGGUGAUUCAAACGUCUAUACCAUUGGAAGAAUUGGUCCUCAUAACGUAGUUGCCACAAAAUUAGCUUUAAUCGGAGAUUCUCGAGAAGCUAUUACAAGCGCCGGUUCUAUAACCACUCGGCUACUCGGAAACUUCCAAAAGAUUGAACAUGUUUUCAUUGUUGGAGUUGGAGGUGCUGUACCUCAUUAUACUGACGCCAGACUUCAUGCCCGAUUAGGUGACGUUGUUGUCAGCUCCUCCAUGCCUGAAGCUUAUAUAUAUUCCCACGACCUGAUUCUGGAUAGAAAGACAGAAGCUUUAACUGAAGCUUUAACUGGUUUUGCCACUCGUAAAUGGAGUCCAAAAGAUCAUCAAAUCGAGAACCUUGUGAAGGAUGGCGGUGAACAAUUGAAGAUUGAUUGGAAUACAUUAACAGAUGAAGCCGUUAAUCGAUUAAACAGCCAAGCUUCAGAUAACGAAUUUACCGCACCUCCUAACUCAACUGAUGUUCUUGCCAUGUCUGUGCCCGGAGGAAAUGUUAUUGUACUUCCUCAUCCUAAUGCUGAUAGGAAGGGAGCGGAGAUCCAUUUCGGUGCAGUUGGAGCUGUUGCUAACAUUAAGAAACCUAAUGCUGAAAAUGAAGCUGAGGAAGAGACAGCCUCUCAGUUGCGUGAGAGGUUUGCGGCUGAGUUCCAUCUCAGAGCGCUUGAUGCUGGAUUCGAUUCUGUCGUGGCUUCAAUCGUCGGUAAUAGAAUUGACUCUUGGGCACUAGUUCGAGGAGUCUCUGAUUAUCAACAUGGACAGAGCAGAUCUAUGAAUGGAGUCCAAAAGAUCAUCAAAUCAGUUGGAGCUGUGGCUAACAUCAGAAAACCUCAUGCUGAAAAUGAAGCUGAGUUGGAGGAGUUUCUGAUUAUCAACAUGGACAGAGCAGAUCUAGUAAGAGAUGGCAGGUAA